AUGACACCAAACCAUAAGGUCAAGACGAUUCUCCAGGCAUUCUUUGUGAGCCUUGUUCAGGUCCAGCUCGUUGACGGUGCCGCAACACAAAUCAAUACAACCAUAUGUACAUGGGAAGCACCCAGAGGUAUUAUAUCACCUACAAUCCACAGGCACAAAAAGACUGCUAACGGUGGGCAAGCUGCUAUCAUUCACGAUAAAAUAUUUCUCGACGGAGGUGACAUCUCCUGGCUACCGGGAUUGGACGACGGAUCGUAUGGGCCACCCUCUGGUAUUAACAGCGGCGUAUCUGAUGUACUACUCACCUACAAUCUCAGCUAUGCAUUUACCUCAAAUACCAACGUCACAGGCCUCUUACUGCAAGAUCUUUUGUCCAAAGCAGUAGGUGGCACCGGCCAAUCUGACAUUGGUGCGGUAAGCUAUGUCGACGGCGCUCUGCUUGCCAACGACGCCGAAUUCUGGUUCUACGGUGGUCAACCAGGAAUACAAUCCGAAGCCUUGCCGGACAAAAAUAGCGUCGAUGGAUAUGAAGACUUCCAGUACGGGUACACAUCAAGCAAUUUUCAUUCUGGAUUUGUCUCAAACCGAGAACUACCGGGCAAUGUCAGCCAAUUCAUCACAUUUGGUGGUGCAGCAAGAGCUCCGUCUGAGAAUCUGGCUUGGUACUUUUCCGGAGCGACCUCUGAGUCCGGCGGGCUGAUUCCUAAAAGCUCCAACGCUACUAACCGCCCAUCAAAGAUAUCCAACUACCUCAUAACGCUCGACAUGUCGGACCAGCGUUUUGAGACAUGGAAUAAUCAGACUUUGCCCCCUAAUAUCAAGGGCCGCGCAAGCGCCGAAGUAGUCUGGGUCCCUGUUGGUGUGCAAGGUAUACUCGUCGCUCUCGGGGGUGUUGUCUUCCCAGAGUAUGCCGGCAAGAAUCGCGUGUCUCAAAACCCGACAGCCAGUGAAUCACAAAGCCCGAAAUUUAUGCAAACUAUCGACGUUUACGACGUCGCCAGCAAAACAUGGUAUACGCAACCAACCACGGGAGGCCCUAGCACACGAGCUCGUGGGUGCGCUGUCGUGGCCACGGCAUCUGACAGCUCCAGCUUCAACAUCUAUUACUAUGGCGGGUAUGAUGGGAUUCAUGUUACAGAGCCAUUCCACGACGACGUCUGGGUUCUUUCUCUUCCAUCUUUUACGUGGACGCAGAUCAACAAUGGCACGGAAACUCACGCGCGGGCGGGACACAAAUGCUUUACUCCCUAUCCUGACCAACUCAUGGUAUUUGGUGGCUAUCCGCCGCUCACUGGGACUCUCUCAAAGCCAAACUGUUUAGAGGUUGGGCCUGUUGUUAUUUUCAAUUUGACCAGCGGGGAAUGGAUGGACUCUUAUGAUCCUACCAAGUACGGCGACUAUGGUGUCCCCGAGAAAGUCCAGGCUAUCAUUGGAGGCAAUGCGUCCGGCGGUGCAACUGCCACAAAGCCGACCCCUUCUGGCUGGGCAUCUCCAGCUCUUGGCAAAGUAUUCGCUACCCCUUACGAUCAAAAGAAGAUUGCAUCAUACUGGCCUUAUCCGGCGGCUCAAACGGCCAAUCCAACAGAGCCGGCUCCAAAGCCAGCAUCUAAAUCCAGUGGAUUACCAUCAUGGGUAGGGCCGGUUCUAGGCGUCAUUCUGGGUCUUAUUGCGCUCACCUGUAUCAUUGUCUUGUUCUGCCUUUGGAGACGGCGCAAGAGUCUUAAGAACCGGUCCAGCACGAAUACCAGUGAAGAAGCUGGCCUGAGGAUCCUCUCGUGGAUCCGAGGACAGCCUCAUUCCCACAAGGCCGCCACCGAGACAACGGAAGAAGUACCUACAAGCCCAGAGAUGCGAGAAUAUCUACAUCCUAGUUACACCCCGUCAGGUUCUGCAUCAGUUCCUCCCCUGCAUCAUGAAAUGGAUGAUACGCAGUUGGUGGAACUUCCAAUCACACCCUCGGGAGAGAAGCAAGGCGACUCAGCAAGGACGUCGGAGGGUCAUGAGUUUGUUGUUUCACCUCCAACUGCAGAAGAAAACCCAGGAGACGACUAUUUAACAGCCAAGAAACCUUCGUCUUCGGGUAGCCCAACAACCAGAAAAAGCGUGUUCCAGGAGCACAAUGAUGAUUGA